UCCCAACAGCCUGUAUUGUGCGGCCCCUUUAAGGAAACGAAUGCGGGAGGCUGUUUGGGGAAGUUUGCAAGUAAUGCCAGAAAGAGAGUGGCCUGGUUUAAAAAAACUCCAAAUUUAUAAGCCAGUGGAAGCAGGAAUUUCUUCGGUGGUAAAAAAUGAUUUGCAUUUUACUCGUCGCGGGUCACGGAACUCUUCUGGAGAGUCAAAUCAAGAAUGAUUCCACUGGUCUGUAUGCUCACUUAGAAGGUAUUCCCAAAGCACUUCUGCCUGGAACUGGAGGAAAGAAAAUCCUAGACUUCUGGUGGGAAACUGUAAAAAUGAGACAUUUUUUCACUGAUGUUUACCUUGUUACCAAUGCAGAUAAGUAUAAGCACUAUGAGAGAUGGGCAACGGCAAAUGAUUUUCCUGUGGAAAACAUCAUUAACGAUGGAACAACAAUGCAUGAAACACGUCUUGGGGCUGUGGCUGACCUAGACCUAGCCAUCAGGAGCAAGAAGGUGCAGCAGGAUGUCAUAGUGAUUGCAGGAGAUAUGCUGUGUGCUGAUCAGAAUUUUGACAUUGCACAAGUUCUCAAAUUCUUUAAAUUAAAGAAUGGCGACUUGGCAAUUUACUAUGACAUGGAAGAUGAUGAAGAAACCUCCUCUCGGGGAAUUGUAGAAGUGUGCCCAACAACUCAUAGAAUUACGAAGUUCUUUGAAAAGCCUGCUCCCAAUGUCACUGGGUCAAGAAUGGCUAGUGUGGUGUUCUAUUGUUUCCAGGAGAAAACCCUCUCAACUAUAGAAGAAUUUCUGAAACUUCACAAAAAUGUUGCAGACAGAGUGCUUGGAAAAUACAUGGAAUGGCUCAUUAAUUCUGCUCAGCGUCCUGUCUAUGGAAUGAAACUUCCUACUGGAUUUCAGCUGAUUGGUCAAGUGGGACUAAAUGAUUAUACAAAAUGGCUGACACACUACUCAAUCAAGCAGCAAACAUCUCCAGUUCAAGCAGUCACCUGUCGCUCAUACUCAAGGAUUGGAGUCAUGGGAAAUCCAUCUGAUGGCUUCCAUGGCAAAACCAUUUCUAUGACGAUAAAAAACUUCUGGGCUGAAGUCACCAUAUCUGAAAGUGAAAAGCUAGUGCUGCUUCCACAUCCGCUCUGUGAUCCUACAGAAUUUGGAAGUCUGCAGGACUUGUACUGUAUCAGUGGGAAGGAAGGGUAUUUGGGAGGCCUGAGGCUACUACAAGCAACAUGUAAGAAGUUAUAUCAGUUUUGUUCUGAAAAAGGAAUUGCACUGACCAAGAAGAAUUUUACUCUGAAGUACGAUACGAACAUCCCAAGACAAGUGGGGCUGGCUGGCAGCAGUGCAAUUGUAUGUGCAACUUUAAAAUGCCUGAUGACGUUCUACAACCUAACUGAUAAUGACCUGCCUAAACAAAUACAGGCUAAUUUUAUUUUGGAUGUUGAAAAAGAAGAGCUCUGCAUUACAGCAGGACUGCAAGAUCGUGUGGUUCAGGUCUAUGAGGGACUUAUCUACAUGGAUUUUAGCAAGGCCUUGAUGGAAGAACAGGGAUAUGGAAACUAUGAACGGAUGGAUAUCAGCUCUACACCGCCAUUUUGGCUUGCAUACUUGGGAGACCCCAGCGAUUCAGGGAAGAUACACAACAAUGUACGGCAAAGAUGGUUAAAUGGUGAUCAUGAUGUUGUGGAAGCAAUGACACAAUUUUCAGUACUUGCAGAUAAGGCAAAGUAA